AUGGUGACCUUUAGGCAGCUUGAGAUCUGUUUGGGUUCACUAUGGAGAAGGUCCAAGGCUGCCAGAUCAGGAGCCCAGUGCUUAGAUAUGUCACAAGGCUCUUGCCAACACCUUCUUUGCAAGGAAAGCCACUGGACAAUCAAUGAGGGAGAAGUGAAGCUCCUUGACAUGGGAAUCAAGCCUAUCAUCUCACGCACAAGGGAUGGGAAGAAGAUCAGAGGAGAUAGGGCACACGCAGGGAAUCUCAUGCCUCUCCUUGAGCAGCUCCAAGCCUACAAGGUCACAGCUUACAACACUAGGCACCAAAGAGGAAGAAAGCUUAGUGUUGGAGGGGUGAUCACACCAAUUCUUUGUGCAGCUGGAGUUCAACUGGACAAGAGAAGGUCUACUCCACCAGGUUGGAUGGACAUCAAGUUUUGCAAGACCAACCUCUCAUUGAGCACAAGGAGUUGGAUGGGAGAUUCCAAUUCAAAUUCACCCACCCACGGCUGGACUCUCCAAGCUUCUCUGCCCAACCCUGAGCUCACCACGGUCCUAGGAGGUACAAACAUUGAUUUCAGACCCCCUGUGUACACUUGGUUGGGCAUGAAGCAGAUUUGCAAGAAGAAGAGAUCGAGCUCGAUCGAGCUGAGGAUCGAGCUGAGGCUCAAGCUGAAGAUGGAGUGCAGGAAAGCGCUGAUUGGGUGA